AUGGAUGGGAAAAACAAGAGGCUAGCAGUUUUGGUAGGAUGCAAUUACCCAAACACUCCAAAUGAAUUACAUGGUUGCAUAAAUGAUGUGUUGGCUAUGAAGGAAACAUUGGUGAAGCGAUUUGGUUUCGAUCAUUCCAAUAUCGAGCUUCUCACCGAUGAUCCUAUAAGUUCUUCAUCAACCAUGCCAACUGGUGCUAAUAUUAAGCAAGCAUUAUCUAACAUGGUUGAUCGAGCUGAAUCAGGGGAUGUUCUUUAUUUUCAUUAUAGCGGACAUGGAACUAGGAUUCCUUCAAUGAAAUAUGGACAUCUUUUUCGACAUGAAGAAGCUAUUGUACCUUGUGAUUUCAACCUUAUCACAGAUUUGGACUUCCGGCAAGUCGUGAAUCGGAUUCCGAAAGGAUCGAGCUUAACAAUUCUCUCUGAUUCAUGUCAUAGUGGAGGCCUAAUUGACAAAGAAAAAGAACAAAUUGGACCAUCCAAAUUGGAAGAACAAAAGAAUGCCACAUUGAAACAAACUCAUAAUAAACCAAAAACCAUUCCUUAUGAGUCAGUACUUCAAUACCUCUCAUCAUUAACAAACAUAAACACAACAGACAUUGGAACUCAUUUACUCGAAUUCUUCGGCUCCGAAGCAAGUAUGUUGUUUCAGCUUCCUUUACAUGAUCUCGAUUUGUUCCAACCUUUGAAACCCGAUGAAGGGAUUCUGUUAAGUGGUUGUCAAUCUGACGAAACUUCAGCGGAUAUGAGUCCGAAUAUGAGUAAUGGAAAGGCUUAUGGAGCAUUUAGCAAUGCAGUUCAGAUUGUGUUGAAGGAAAAUAAUGGUAAAUUGAGUAAUAGAGAGGUUGUGAUGAAGGCUAGAGAUUUUCUACAAAGACAAGGAUUUGUGCAACAUCCUUGUCUUUAUUGUAGUGAUGAGAAUGCUGAUGAUGUCUUCUUGUUGCAAUCUUAG